AUGUUUAAACAACUCGAAUAUAUAUUUUGCUGUGGCAAUAGUACCACUGUAAAGCAUCAAAAUCAGAUCACUGCCAUGUUCUAUGACACUUAAGAGGACUAGCAAUCUGUAAAGUAUGAUGUGACAAGGUCAAAUGAGAAAACACUCAACGAAAGAGGUCUGCCAACGCCCAUGAAAGCAAGUUUGAGAAUAGAUGUGAAUGACUUUCCAACUGGCUCAAUAAUCAUGGGAAAGACAGCUUCAGAUGUGGAUUUAAUAGGACUGAGUCACAAUAUUCACUUGAGAUCAUGUGAAAAGGACAAAAAGCAUAAUAAGCAUGAUUCUGUGAUUGUAAGACCACAAGAAAUAGAUGGUGAUGAGACAUAGAGCACUACCCCUUUGAACAGUAAAGUUCAAAAACAGCACAAAUAACAUAGAAAUGAAGUCCAAAAUUAGAAAUCAUCAAUCAAAUAGAAUAGCAAUGCAAUUACCAUUAUAAGCGGGAGCUAGUCAUGCAAGAAUGCUGAAGCUAAGAAGAUUCAAAAUAAGUUCAGUCUAAGUCUCAGAAACAAGAUUCAAAUGAUGGAGGAACAAAAGAUGCAAACUUAGAAUGCAGAGAGUCUGUUUGGAAAGAAAAACAGUCUUUAAGAUUUGAACUAAAAAAAGUAAAACACUAGAUAUCAAAGCUCAGACAGAGAUAGUCACUGCUCUGAAUCUUUCAUAUAGGUGGCAAACAAUAAGAUGUCCUUUAAGGGAAGUAAUGAUAUUGGUGAGCAGUACUAAGAAACAGACGGCACUGACAUCUAAGACUUCUUAUAAACAGAGUAAUUACUCAAUUUAAGGUAUGAAAAGAGCGGAAACAACACUCAAAGCACCUUUGCUAAAGGCCUUAAAAGCUAGAAAAGUAAUAAAAAGAUUGAUUCUUAGGAGUCUACUGACAGAUUGAACUAGCGAAGAAGAACUCAAGAUACUCUCAAUUCAAAUACAAAAGCUCAAAAUUCAUGCAUAUAAAGUAUUUCACAAGCAAAUAGUAAAAUAAAGAAUUAACGUGAAAGUAGAAACAUGUUAAUAGAUAAUUCAUAAAUUCUAACCUAUUAAUCAGAAAAUAAAAGCAUUCAUAAUAAUUCUAAGCAACCAAACUUAAUGCAAUAAACACACCAAUCUAUAAGAAUAAACAACACUCUCGUAAACCAAGGUGAAAUGAGAUCUUAACUUUAAAAUAACAAAAAGUAAAUAUAAAAUAGUAAGAAACCAACAAAUAACUAUCAAUCAAUCGGCUCAAAAGAAACAAAUAUAUAUUCAACUUAUAAUGAGCAGCAACAAACACAAAUCAUGCUUUGA